AUGACGGUCACAGUGGUGUAUGAUAAUUCAGAGGCAACAGAGCUCUGUGCGGCUCAGCACCUCUACCUCAAGCCCAUAGCAAAGUUGAUGAUCAAUGUAUUGCUCCCUGAGAGCACGGAACCCAUGAGGCCCUUCUCUAACUGGGAAGUUCUUGACCAGCUGAAGAGCCUGAUUUGUCCUGACCAGUUCACCACAGUGCGGCUCUCCAAGAGCACUAAGGACUUCAUCCGAUUUGAGGGGGAGGCUGAAACUCGAAGUUUGGUUCAGAUCCUGAAGGCCAAGUUACACGGGAAGAUCAUCAAGCUAAGCGGUUUGAAAACAGACUUAAGAGUAGUGGCCACAGAUGCCCAGGGGGAGUGGGAACACUUCCCCAAAGAAAAGGGGGCUCCGUUGGCUGAUGGGUCUGAAGAGCAGGACCACGAUAAGAGCCCAGAUUCCAUAUACUUCGAAGGCCUGCCCUGCAAGUGGUUUGCACCUAAAGGUUCCAGUGGGGAGAAGCCGUGUGAAGAGAUCCUUCGGGUGGUCUUUGAAAGUUUUGGGAAGAUCAAGAAUGUGGAUAUUCCGAUGCUCGACCCCUACCAAGAAGUCAUGACUGGUGGGAGCUUUGGGGGGUUCAGCUUUGGCUUGCAGACGUUUGAGGCCUUUAUACAGUACCAGGAGUCAACUGACUUUGUAAAGGCCAUGGAGUCCCUCCGCGGGAUGAAGCUGAUGCUUAAAGGAGAUGAUGGGAAAGCUCUGGCAUGUAACAUUAAGGUUAUGUUUGAUACAACCAAACACUUCAGUGAAGGAGCUAUAAGGAGGAGAAAUCAAGAAAGGCUGAAAUUACAAGAGCUGGAGGAAGAAAGGAAAAAAGAAAAGAAGAGAGAAGAGGAAGAGGCUGAAAGAAAGAGAAAAGAGGAGGAGAGGAAAGCCCAGGAAAAGAGGAGAAAAGCCAGAGUCAGGAGGCGCGCCCCGAAGGAAAGGGACAGACACCGGCAAAGGAGACGGAAGGGCAGUGCCAAAGCGGAGGCCCGUCAGGUUUUGUCUGGGUACACGAAGGGUCAUGUGCUUUUGAAGGGGUCUAUACAAUUUAACCCACGGGAGGUAGAUGUUGCAGUCUCCAAAGCUAAUCGUGCUCCGAGGACCACACUGGGAGCUCUGAAGAAAGAAGAGUUAAACACUCAGUAUCUUCAAAAUCAGGAGGAAAUGCCAAGAUAUCAGGUUUCCAAGUCAGAUAACAAGCGAAAACAAAAAAUGAAGGGAAGAGCUACGGCUCACUUACGUAAAUCUUCCCACCACCUUGGGGGAAAAAAAUUAAGAUAUUCAGCUAGAAAAGAGAGAACUGGAAAAUUAUUAUCCAGUGAAUACAAUCACAGUUUGCUCCCUGAUCGGAAUUCUUUGCAAAUUGCAAUGAUUCAAGGUCAAUCUCUUGUGAAAGAAGACUACCAUGGUUCUAAUAAAUCCUAUUCUUCCAGAUUAGUUGAGAGAGACCAUGGCAGGAAACAGAAGAUCUAUGAAACAGAUGAAUUUAUUGACUAUCUUCUUAACUAUUAUCAAACUCCAAAAUAUGCCCGUAUCUGCCUAGAACCAAGUCACAUAACAAGCACAUGUCAGUGGCACAGGGCCGUCCAUGCGAAAGGAAGUGGAUUUCAAAUCACUUUGAGAAAACAUAAGCGUCAUUUAACCAGUUUGAGCCAAAUGCAAAACCUAGAUAGGAGAGAACAGGUGCAAGAAGUUGAUUCCUGCACAAAGAUUUGUACUCAGGAUCCUGAGCAUAAACGACAAAAGAGGGGAAAAGUGGAUUAUGCCAAAGAAUGUAGAAUGUUUAAGGGGUUUAAACAUCAUUGCAAGGACACAGUAUGUGAAGCUGGUGAUCGGCCAUCCCCAGCUUUUGGAAAGAGCCAUCUGUUGGAACAGACUCAUGCUUACCAGGUCCAAGAUUCCAUAUCCACAAGUCAAAGCCAAGUUUCCUCGCCCAACAGGUCAGCAGACUUUGAUUUGAGGUUGACAGAUUUCUUAGAGGAAAUUAGCAGUGAUUCUGAAUGUUUCAGUGAAAUCCUUAGUAUAAACAAAGAGGAGAAAGAGAAAUCUGUGGCCACAUAUGAUAGCUCCCCAGAAAAGGGAUCUCUUGACACUGAUGAAAUCAUCACUUGCGAUCCAGAAAUUAGGUCAAGUCAGCAAACCUUGUAUUCAGAGUGGAAACAUGAGGAGGAAAAAUACUCUAAAUACGAGCUUAGGAAACCAGGCAGGAGGUCCAAUUAUGAACUGAGAUGUUCAUGGCUUGAGGGUGAAAACAAUUCUAUUAGAGAUGAGAAGAGCAACAGCAGAAAGAGGGAAAUAUUGGCCCCCAAAUACUUACUUGAUAAAAGCUACCACCACGAAUCCAGUGCCAGUGAUCAAUUAGACACUGUCACAAGAAAGAGGAUGCAGUUUAGUGAUAGUACAUUUAACCAGAAAGUGAACUAUAGGCCCUUUCAUGAGCCAAUAACAUCAUCAAAAAGUGCUAAUGCUUCCUAUUUGGGGGAUUUUCCCAAAAGAAGAGAGGCUCCACGGCAGUCAGAAUAUAACCAGGAUGCAAGGAGGUUUAAAAGAUAUGAGAAUUCUGAAGAUUUCAUACUGAAUUCUGAUAAUUGCUAUAUCAGACAUAACAGUCAGGAGCACAUUGACUACGGAAGCUAUUUAGGAAACAACCACGCUAGUUCUUUAUAUUUUCAAAUGUUUUGA